UGCUUCGAUAGUUGACUUAAAUCUGUCUGUCCGUUCCGUGCGUAAAUCCUAUCUACAUGUAGUCAAGUCACUAGCUGGGUCUGACAGUAUUCUAACCUAAAAAUUUAAGUUUGUUUACAUUUUGUUAAUAAAAUGAUUCUAAACUUUGUGAUAGAUUUUAGUUAUUUACAAUGAAUAAUAAAUACAACAACAGCAAUGCUCUGAUAAUUGAUGAUAUCUCACAAAGGCUCUAAAGAGAAUGAAUUUUUUUUCAAAUACGGCACCAAUAAAAAAUAUUAAACAGACUUAUUUUGUAAAAUACGAAGAUUACGUAAUUAUUAUCUUUAAAUUAGGCCAUUCAAAAACUUAGAAAUGAUUUAUUUUAAUAAAUUAUUGAAGAGGUUAGCGGUGCAAGCGUACAAUUAUAAACAUAUUAAUUAUUCCUCAAAUUCUAUUGUACUCGGAAUAGAAACUUCAUGUGAUGAUACUGGCUGUGCAGUUGUUGAUAGCACAGGUUCUAUACUGGGACAAUCUUUGUAUUCACAAACUGCUUUACAUAUAAGAUACGGCGGCGUGAACCCCGUUUUUGCACAUGAGUUACACAGAAAUAAUAUAGACAGCGCUGUAUCAGAUGCCCUCCAAAAUGCAGGAAAAUGCAUAAAAGAUUUAGAUGCCAUUGCAGUAACUACUAGACCAGGCUUGCUUUUAAGCUUACAAGUUGGAGCAAAAUAUGCUAGAUACCUGUCUAGAAUGCACAACAAACCUUUGAUACCUAUCCAUCACAUGGAAGCACAUGCUUUAGUAGCAAGAAUGUAUCACAAGGUCCAGUUUCCAUUCUUAGUCCUACUUAUAUCUGGUGGCCAUUGUCUAUUGGCACUAGUUAAAGAUGUUAAUAAUUUUGAGUUGCUUGGAAAAAGUGUAGAUAACGCUCCGGGGGAAGUUCUUGACAAAGUUGCCAGAAGAAUGAAAUUAAGAAAUAUACCCGAAUAUUCUAAAAUAUGUGGAGGACAAGCUAUAGAGUUGGCUGCACAGAAGUCUACAAAUCUAAGUCAGUUUGAAUUCCCUCUUCCCUUGGCCAAAUAUAGAAACUGCAAUUUUAGUUUUAGUGGCCUAAAAGAUUCUACGAUAAGAAAACUUGAAGAAAAAGAAGUAGAACAUAAUGUGAUGGGUGAUGAAUUAAUACCAGAAGUGUAUGAUCUGUGUGCAGCAUUCCAGCUUGCUGUUGCCGAGCACAUAGCUCAUAGAACUCACAGAGCCAUGCUUUACUGUGAAAAAUAUAAAUUGAUAGACCCUGAUAACAAGGUUGUUGUAGUGUCAGGUGGAGUUGCUUGUAAUAACUUCAUAUUUAAAUCUAUUGAAUAUGUUGGAAGUGAAAUGGGCUACAAGACAUACCGUCCACCUCACAAUGUUUGCACAGACAAUGGAGUUAUGAUAGCUUGGAAUGGAAUUGAGAAACUGAGGAAACAGAUUGAUAUUAGGACAGAUUUUAGUCUCAAAGAAGUAGAGCCUGAAGCACCUUUAGGUGUAGAUUCAAUAAAUAAAGUUGAGUCUGCUAACAUCAAAACAAGAGUAACAAGAUUAAAAAAACUGUACAACUAAU